AUGGAGUAUCUUGCCCUUCGAACCGAGAUCCAAUCUCUCCUAACCGCCCUCGAGGCCAUUGACGAUCUUGACCUGGAGUAUCGUGGCACCGAAAAGCAGUGGACUGCCGUCAACUCUUCGAUCUCAUCGUGCAAAGCAUGCAUAGACGACUUUCUGGCAAAAACCUCAAAGUACGAGCCCUAUCUGCAGGACGGCGCAAAACGCGGAUGGGCGGCUGGAUACAGGAGGAUCAAGUGGGCAAUCUGCAAGAGGGAGGACGUUGCGCAGUUUCGGAUGCAGUUGGAGAGACACGCUUCCUCAAUCAACAUGCUGCUUAUUACGUUCCAGGCACAUGCCGCCGACAAGCCUCGGGAUGCCCGGACUGCUGGUGGGAUGGCGAUCGUGGCCCGCCCUGGCACAACAGACGAUGAGAAUAUUACAGCACUCCUCAAAGGACUCACAUUGGAGCAACGGCAAUUCUUCCAACUGCUACUCACGCAAAACCGACAGCUACAGCAGAGUCUAGACGACAUUCGCCACCUCGUGCGCCUCCAGACGGAAAUUCCUCCGCAGGUGACGCUUCAAAAACCGGUCAUACUGCUUGAUGCGUUUGGAAAAACUGCACCUUUCCACCUCGACUUCAUCGACUCUCUGGAUGCCUUUGUGGCCGUACUGAAAAUCAGAUCCGAACAAGCCGGUGUCCGAAUGGGUGGGCUAAAGAAACUAGACAGGCGAGAAUUCUGUAUAAGAGACACCCAGAGACGGAGAAGCCUCGACUUGAAUCGCCCAUGGACGAAGAUUUUUCGUCCUGGACAGAACGUCGAUAUGAGCAUGGUAUUUCGGCGGCGUCUAACUCCAACGAUUUGUCCCGAAUGCGGCUGCCAGAAUGACCCUUGCGUGGAGGACGGCGAGAUCGAAUGUGGGUUUUGCGGGUUGUGGUAUCAUCAUGUCCGAGAGGAACCGCAUGCCCAGCCCCUUCUUCCACCAGAGCCCGAUUCGGUGCCAUUAUCGCGGACGGUGACGGCGAGAUCGUCAGAGGUUGAUUCUUCAGAAUUGGAUGUGCAAGAACCAAAGUUUGCUGGAUUUCGCCGUGUUCGCAUAAUCUCAUUGCUAUUGAACCCUUCAACUGCGAAUAAACGCUCGCAGGACGUUAAACCAGACGCCCUCCGCGACCUUUCCAUUGCACAGCGCUCCCCGCUGAAUAUGGAGGAUGAACCACGACAAAGCUAUACCCGUUCCCCUCCACAAAAGAAGCGAAAUAUCCGAAUGCAGCCGCCAUUUCCCAAAACACCAAAGCAGAAAGCUCACCGAUCGAGUCUAAAGGGAGAGAGGCUGCAACUUCGCCACUUCGCGGAAGACCCCUAUGCUUCAGGUGAGGAUAGUAGCUCGAGAAAUAAUCCGUUAGAAAAAAAGUUUCGAUCUCACUGCUGGGCGAAGCCGGUUUUCUCACAUGUCAGCGAGGAAGAAGGCACUCUUCGCCCUCGAUCGCUGUCAGCACAUGGCCACCAAAAUCAAGAGCAAACAUUGGAUGCCGAAGACCAUGAUGGUCGUCGCGGUUUAGAUUGCGAUAUUCCUGGAUUCCGGAUGGUGUCUCCUGUGUCGCAGCACUUACGACUUCAUGAUGCCAAAUAUGAACCAGCCAUCACAAGGAGGCGAGAGGAAGUUCAGUGGACUCUGAUAGACUCAUGGAUACGAUGA